AGCUAUGACACUGGCUGCUGCUUGCUCUGCCACAACCACUGAGCAGGAGGAGAUCGGCAAACUGGGAUUUAUCAAAGAACCAGACAAUUGUCUUUGCACUCACAUCCUCUUUGUUUAAUCUGACGGAUGCAACUGGCACAUCACUGCAUCACACUAGAACUGGUAUUUGCAGCACAUUCAUUGGUUAUUUUGUCCUACAAAUAUAGACUGGCUGCUUCCUAAAAGUUUCACUUUAGAGCACAAACUCUCAGCUUUUGGAAGUGGAGCCUUGGAUUCUGCUCCCCAAUGGUGACUGCCCUGAAUAACCCUCCUUUACAUGGAGGAGAGAGGCGGACUGUGUCCUUGCUGGGCUUAUUAGCGGUGGUGUUGGGAUGCUUUGCUGUGCCAGGAGCACAUGGGCAACAGGACUCCAGGUUGGGACCUCAGGAGGGAGCAUCCAGUGCAUCUGCUGCAGUUGCUAACAGGGUGCGCAGGAGAGGACAGGACGCGCUGCGCGGGCCAAAUGUAUGUGGGUCUCGCUUCCAUUCCUAUUGUUGUCCUGGAUGGAAAACACUCCCUGCAGGAAACCAGUGCAUUGUCCCAAUUUGCAGAAAUAACUGUGGUGAUGGAUUUUGCUCUCGCCCAAACAUGUGCACUUGUUCUAGUGGACAGAUAUCACCAAACUGUGGCACUAAAUCUGGUCAUGCACCACAAUGUAGCAUCAGAUGUAUGAACGGAGGCACAUGUCUUGACGAUCAGUGCCAGUGUCAAAAGGGUUAUGUUGGAACACACUGUGGGCAACCUAUCUGUGAAAAUAGCUGCCAGAAUGGGGGGCGUUGUAUUGGACCCAAUCGAUGUGCUUGUGUCUAUGGAUUUACAGGUCCGCAGUGUGAAAGAGACUACAGAACAGGGCCCUGUUUUACUCAAGUCAACAAUCAGAUGUGCCAAGGUCAGGUGACUGGGAUAGUUUGCACAAAGACUCUUUGCUGUGCUACCAUUGGACGGGCCUGGGGACAUCCUUGUGAAAUGUGCCCUGCUCAACCCCAACCUUGCCGCCGUGGCUUUAUUCCCAACAUACGCAGCGGAGCAUGCCAAGAUGUUGAUGAAUGCCAGGCAAUCCCAGGGCUUUGCCAAGGUGGAAAUUGCCUCAACACUGAUGGAUCAUAUGAAUGCAGGUGUCCUGUUGGCCAUAGACAAAGUGAAACCACACAGAAAUGUGAAGAUAUUGACGAAUGCACCACGAUUCCCGGAGUUUGUCAUGGAGGAGAGUGCACUAAUACCAUUGGCAGCUACUACUGCAUCUGUCCUCGUGGAUAUGUCACAUCAGUUGAUGGAUCCCAAUGCAUUGAUCAGAGGUCAGGAGUUUGCUUCUCCAGCCUUGUUAAUGGACACUGUGCCCAAGAACUAACAGGCAGGUUUACCAAAAUGCAUUGCUGCUGUGAAUCUGGACGCUGCUGGGCAAUAGCUUCAAUUCCAGAAAUGUGUCCAAUCAGAGGCUCUGAUGAAUAUCGUAGGCUUUGCAUUGAUGGAGUUCCAGUUGGGGGCCCCAGGCCUGUUCCUGGUCCUGGGGGAUUUGGUCCCACUAUUCACGUAAAUGGAUUUGGACCUGGUGGAACUGGCUAUAUUCCCAUUCCUGGAGGAAAUGGCUUUCAUCCUAGUGUAGAAGGAACAGGGAUAGGGGGGCAAGGUCCUGUAAUUAAUGGAGGAGUUGCAACGCUUAACCAGACAAUAGAUAUAUGUAAACAAUACCCUAACCUCUGUCUAAAUGGACGAUGCAUCCCCAAUCUUAACAGUUACCGUUGUGAAUGCAAUAUGGGGUACAAGCAGGAUACUCAGACCGAGUGCAUUGAUGUUGAUGAGUGUACAUCAAACCCCUGUACUAAUGGAGAUUGUGUGAACACACCUGGAUCGUAUUAUUGCAAAUGCCAUUCUGGUUUCCAGAGAACUCCCACAAAACAGGCAUGCAUUGAUAUUGAUGAGUGUAUUCAAAAUGGAAUUUUAUGCAAACACGGGCGCUGUGUAAACACAGAAGGAAGCUUUCAGUGCAUUUGUAAUGCUGGCUUUGAGCUGACGGCUGAUGGUAAAAAUUGUGCAGAUCACGAUGAAUGCGCCACCACAAAUAUGUGCUUGAAUGGUAUGUGUAUAAAUGAAGAUGGCAGCUUCAAGUGUAUCUGUAAACCGGGCUUUGUGCUUGCCUCCGGCGGGCGCUACUGCACUGAUGUUGAUGAGUGUCAAACCCCAGGCAUCUGUAUGAACGGUCAUUGUAUCAACACUGAAGGAUCUUUUCGAUGCGAUUGUCCACCGGGUUUAGUUGUUGGAGUAGAUGGUCGAGUUUGUGUUGAUACACACAUGCGUAGCACUUGCUAUGGAGCUAUCAAGAAGGGAUUAUGUGUUCGUCCUUUUCCUGGAGCUGUGACAAAAUCUGAAUGCUGCUGCGCCAAUCCAGACUAUGGUUUUGGAGAACCAUGCAAUCCAUGUCCUCCACGAAAUUCUGCUGAAUUUCAAGGGUUAUGCAGUGGAGGAAUUGGUAUAACCGUUGACGGAAGAGACAUCAAUGAGUGUGCGUUGGAUCCGGACAUUUGUGCCAAUGGAAUUUGUGAAAAUCUACGAGGAAGUUUUCGUUGCAACUGUAAUAGUGGAUAUGAGUCAGAUUCUACAGGAAGGACAUGUAUUGACAUUGAUGAAUGCUUAGUGAACAGAUUGUUGUGUGAUAAUGGUCUUUGCCGAAAUACACCAGGAAGUUAUUCCUGUUCGUGCCCCAAAGGAUAUGUGUUCAGGACAGAUUCUGAAACCUGUGAAGACAUAAAUGAAUGUGAAAGCAGUCCCUGUGUGAAUGGAGCAUGCAGAAAUAUUCCUGGUUCCUUCAACUGCGAAUGUUCAGCUGGGAGCAAAUUGGAUCCAACUGGUCUUAUCUGCAUAGACAGCCUGAAAGGCACGUGUUGGCUCCAUAUACAUGAUGGACGUUGUGAAGUCAAUAUUAAUGGUGGCACAUUAAAGUCAGAGUGUUGUGCUACGCUGGGAGCAGCCUGGGGAAGCCCUUGUGAACGUUGUGAACUAGAUCCGGCCUGCCCACGAGGAUUUUCCAGAGUGAAAGGAGUUACAUGUGAAGAUGUUAACGAGUGUGAAGUCUUUCCGGGAGUGUGUCCCAAUGGGUUAUGCCUUAAUACAAAAGGAUCUUUUGUUUGUGAGUGUCCAGAAGGGUUUACUCUGGAUGGAACAGGCAGACUUUGUCUAGAUUUACGUAUGGAACAAUGCUACCUGAACUGGGAUGAAGAUGAGUGUGUUGGGCCAGUACCUGGCAGGUUCCGCCUGGAUGCCUGCUGCUGUACCCUUGGGGCAGCCUGGGGCUCAGAGUGUGAGGAAUGUCCAAAAUCUGGCACUAAUGAAUAUGAACUUUUGUGUCCAAGAGGUCCUGGCUUUACCAACAGAGGAGAUGUUUUAACAGGGCGACCAUUUUAUAAAGAUAUCAAUGAAUGCAAAGCAUUUCCGAGCAUAUGUACUUAUGGAAAAUGCAGGAACACCAUUGGAAGUUUUAAGUGUAAAUGCAACAAUGGCUUUGCAUUAGAUAUGGAAGAAAGAAAUUGUACAGAUAUUGAUGAAUGUCGCAUCUCCCCUGACUUGUGCGGCAGCGGGGCUUGUGUUAAUACACCUGGAAGCUUUGAGUGUGAGUGCUUUGAAGGGUAUGAAAGUGGCUUCAUGAUGAUGAAGAACUGCAUGGACAUUGAUGAGUGUGAGCGGAACCCUUUGCUUUGUCGUGGUGGGGAAUGUAUUAACACAGAAGGCAGCUUUUUGUGCAACUGCCCCCCUGGACAUGAACUUACAUCAGCGGGGGAUGCCUGCAUUGAUAUAAAUGAGUGCUCUCUUAGUGACAAUCUGUGUAAAAAUGGAAAAUGUGUGAACAUGAUUGGAAUGUACCAAUGUUCCUGUAACCCGGGAUACCAAGCUACACCAGAUGGACUUGGCUGUACAGAUAUUGAUGAGUGUACGAUUAUGAACGGUGGCUGUGACAGCCAUUGCACUAACUCAGAAGGAAGUUAUGAAUGCAGCUGCCUUGAUGGAUAUGCUCUGAUGCCAGAUAUGAGAACAUGUGCAGACAUUGAUGAGUGUGAAGAUACCCCAGAUAUCUGUGAUGGAGGGCAGUGUACCAACAUACCUGGAGAAUAUCGCUGCCUCUGCUAUGAUGGGUUUAUGGCUUCCAUUGAUAUGAAAACUUGUAUUGAUGUAAAUGAAUGUGAUAUAAAUUCCAAUGUAUGUAUGUUCGGGGAUUGUGAGAACACAAAAGGAUCCUUUGUAUGCCAUUGUCAGGUGGGAUAUUCAGUUAAAAAGGGAACAACUGGGUGCACAGAUGUUGAUGAGUGUGAAAUUGGUGCUCACAAUUGUGACCUACACGCUUCAUGUCUCAAUGUUCCUGGAAGCUUCAAAUGCACUUGCAAAGAAGGCUGGGUUGGAAAUGGCAUACAAUGUAACGAUCUUGAUGAGUGUGCUAAUGGGACCCAUCGGUGCAGUGUUUCGGCUCAUUGUUUAAACACUCCCGGAUCAUACAGAUGCGCAUGCACUGAAGGAUACACAGGAGAUGGAUUUUUCUGCACAGAUGUUGAUGAGUGUGCAGAAAAUAUCAAUCUCUGUGAAAAUGGACAGUGCCUGAAUAUCCCCAGUUCGUAUCGCUGUGAAUGUGAAAUGGGCUUUACUCCAGCUCCAGACAGCAAGUCUUGCCAAGAUAUUGAUGAAUGCACUUUCCAGAACAUAUGUGUGUUUGGUACUUGUAGUAACCUACCGGGAAUGUUCCGCUGCAUUUGUGAUGAUGGCUAUGAGCUGGAUAUUACUGGGGGAAAUUGUACAGAUGUGGAUGAAUGUGCCGACCCAAUUAAUUGUGUUAAUGGCUUCUGUGUCAAUUCUCCUGGAAGAUAUGAGUGUAACUGUCCCCCAGAUUUUCAACUGAAUCCAACUGGAGUUGGAUGUGUGGAUACAAGAGUGGGCAAUUGUUAUUUAAACCACGGUCCACGCGGAGAUGGGACAAUCACCUGCAAUACCGAAAUUGGCGUUGGUGUGAGUCGUUCUUCAUGCUGCUGUUCUCUUGGAAAGGCUUGGGGUAACCCAUGUGAAAUCUGCCCACCAAUGAACAGCUCUGAAUAUAAUACAUUGUGCCCUGGGGGAGAAGGAUUCAGGCCUAACCCAAUUACAAUUAUAUUAGAAGACAUUGAUGAGUGCCAGGAGUUGCCAGGUCUAUGUCAAGGAGGUAACUGCAUCAAUACAUUUGGAAGCUUCCAGUGUGAGUGCCCUCAAGGCUACUACCUGAGUGAGGAGACGCGCAUCUGUGAAGAUAUUGAUGAAUGUUUUAUACACCCUGGUGUCUGUGGACCAGGAACCUGUUACAAUACCUUGGGGAACUAUACAUGCAUUUGCCCUGCUGAAUAUAUGCAGGUUAAUGGUGGCCACAACUGUAUGGAUAUGAGGAAGAGCUUUUGCUACAGAAGUCUCAAUGGAUCAACAUGUGAGAAUGAACUGCCUUUUAAUGUGACAAAGAAAAUGUGCUGCUGCACAUACAAUAUUGGUAAAGCCUGGAGUAAACCUUGUGAACCGUGUCCAACUCCUGGAACAGCAAAUUUCAAAAAUCUCUGUGGAUCUCUCCCUGGCUUUACUUUUGAUAUACACACUGGCAAGGCUGUUGACAUUGAUGAGUGCAAGGAAAUACCUGGAAUUUGUGCUAACGGAGUUUGUAUCAAUCAGAUUGGCAGUUUCCGCUGUGAAUGUCCCACAGGAUUCAGCUACAAUGACUUGCUCUUAAUUUGUGAAGACAUUGAUGAAUGUAGCAGUGGAGAUUAUUUUUGCCAGAGAAAUGCAGACUGUAUAAACAGCCCUGGGAGCUAUCGCUGUGAAUGCGCCACAGGCUUCAAGCUUUUACCGAAUGGUGCUUGUAUUGAUCGCAAUGAGUGUCUUGAAAUUCCAAAUGUUUGCAGUCAUGGGACAUGUGUAGACACUAAAGGAAGUUACAAGUGUGUAUGCAACAAUGGCUUUAAGGCAUCUAUUGACCAGACUAUGUGUAUGGAUGUUGAUGAAUGUGAGAAGCAGCCAUGUGGAAAUGGAACUUGUAAAAACACAGUUGGAUCAUAUAACUGUCUAUGCUACCCAGGGUUUGAGAUUACUCAUAAUAAUGACUGUAUGGAUAUUGAUGAGUGCAGCUCCCUUUUUGGCCAGGUGUGCAGGAACGGACAGUGUUUUAAUGAAAUUGGCUCUUUCCUUUGUCUGUGUAAUGAAGGUUAUGAAUUAACCAUUGAUGGAAAAAAUUGCAUAGAUGUCAAUGAGUGUGUUUCCUAUCCUGGAUCCUGCUCUCCGGGUACUUGUCAGAAUUUGGAGGGUUCAUUCCGAUGCAUCUGCCCUCCUGGAUAUGAAGUUCAAAGUGACAACUGCAUAGAUAUUGACGAAUGCAGUGAAGAACCUAACAUCUGCCUGUUUGGAACCUGUUCUAACACACCUGGAGGCUUUCAGUGUAUCUGCCCCCCAGGUUUUGUUCUUUCAGAGAAUGGGAGACGGUGCUAUGAUAUCCGUCAAAGUUUCUGUUUUACAAAAUUUGAAAAUGGUAAAUGUUCAGUACCCAAAGCAUACAACAGCACUAAAGCAAACUGCUGCUGCAGCAAAUUGGCUGGAGAAGGGUGGGGUGACCCUUGUGAACUCUGUCCGAAGGAAGGAGAGGUGGCUUUUCAGGAUUUGUGUCCCUAUGGACUUGGAACCAUCCCAGGAAUUGGAGAUACUCGAGAAGAUGUUAAUGAAUGCUUAGAAAACCCAGGAAUUUGUGUAAAUGGUCAUUGCAUCAACACUGAUGGAUCUUUUCGAUGUGAAUGUGCCAUGGGCUACAAUCUGGAUUAUUCUGGUGUCACCUGUGUAGAUACUGAUGAAUGUUCCAUUGGUAAUCCAUGUGGAAAUGGCACAUGCACAAAUGUCCUGGGUACUUUUGAGUGCUCCUGUGAUGAGGGAUUUGAACCUGGACCAAUGAUGAACUGUGAAGAUAUCAACGAAUGUGCCAUAAAUCCUCUCCUUUGUGCGUUCCGUUGUCUUAAUACUUAUGGCUCCUAUGAAUGUACGUGUCCUACAGGAUAUGUUCUUAGAGAAGACCAGAAGAUGUGUAAAGAUUUGGAUGAGUGCAUAGAGGGGUUCCAUGACUGUGAUUCCCGAGGAAUGCUUUGCAAAAAUCUGAUUGGAACUUUUAUGUGCAUUUGUCCUCCUGGAAUGACACGAAGGCCUGAUGGAGAGGGAUGUAUGGAUGAAAAUGAAUGCAGAAGUAAGCCAGGCAUUUGUGAAAAUGGUCGCUGUGUUAACUCUAUUGGAAGCUACCGGUGUGAAUGUAAUGAAGGAUUUGUAUCAACCUCAUCAGGAACCGAAUGCCUUGACACACGCCAGGGAUUUUGCUUCUCAGAGAUCCUACAGACCAUGUGUCAGAUGUCAUCCAGCAGUCGCAACCAAGUCACAAAGUCUGAGUGUUGCUGUACUGGAGGAAGAGGCUGGGGUAACCAGUGUGAGAUUUGUCCUCUGCCCGGCACCGUUCAGUACAAAAAGCUUUGCCCACAUGGACCAGGUUAUGGUACUGAUGGAAGAGAUAUUGAUGAAUGUAAAGCGAUGCCAAACCUUUGCCGAAACGGACAGUGUAUCAACACCAUUGGCUCCUUCAGGUGCUUCUGCAAGUCUGGCUACACAACUGAUAUCAGGGGUACUGCAUGUGUUGAUCUGGAUGAAUGUUCUCAAUCCCCCAAGCCAUGUAAUUUUAUCUGUAAAAAUAGUGAAGGAAGUUACCAAUGCUCAUGCCCGCGAGGUUAUAUCUUACAAGAGGAUGGAAAAACGUGUAAAGAUCUUGAUGAAUGUCAAACCAAACAGCACAACUGCCAGUUCCUCUGUGUCAACACUGUUGGAGGCUUCACUUGUAAAUGUCCUCCAGGCUUUACGCAACAUCACACAGCUUGCAUUGAUAACAAUGAGUGUAGUUCACAGCCAUCCUUAUGUGGUGCUAAAGGAAUAUGUCAAAAUUCUCCUGGUAGCUUUACAUGUGAAUGCCAGAGAGGAUAUUCAUUGGAUGCAACUGGAUUCAACUGUGAUGAUGUUGACGAGUGCAACGGAAAUCACAGAUGUCAGCAUGGCUGUCAGAACAUAUUAGGUGGUUAUAGAUGUGGCUGCCCACAGGGGUACAUUCAGCAUUAUCAGUGGAACCAGUGUAUCGAUGAAAAUGAAUGUGCAGACCACAACACUUGUGGUUCAGCAUCAUGUUAUAACACAUUAGGUAGUUAUAAAUGUGCUUGUCCAUCUGGGUUCUCCUAUGAUCAAUAUUCAUCCUCCUGUCAUGAUGUAAAUGAGUGUUCGACUUCCAAGAAUCCUUGUAAUUAUGGAUGUUCCAACACAGAAGGAGGUUACGUUUGUGGAUGUCCUUCUGGAUAUUACAGAGCAGGGCAAGGGCAUUGUGUCUCAGGCAUGGGAUUUAACAGAGGGCAGUUCCUGUCUUCUGGCAGAGAAGAUGAGGACAAUGCACUGUCUCCAGAAGGGUGUUAUGAUUGUCAUGUUAAUGGCUACUCAAAGAAGAGUGGGAGAAGAAAAAGAAGUUCUAAUAAUACUGAGACUACAACGAUUGAACAGAUGAGCCUUAAGAGUCUUGACUUGGAUGCACCUAUCAAAAUAGUGUUAAAUAUUUCAGAGCUGAAUGCCAGGAAGCAUAUAUUGCAACUUCUCCCAGCCAUCCAGACCCUUAACAACCAUGUACGUUAUAUUAUUUCUCAUGGCGACCAUAGUAUCUUCCGCAUUAACCAGAGGGAUGGACUUAGCUACCUCCAUGCUGCUCAGAAGAAGAUUAUGCCAGGGACUUACGCACUGGAUAUCACCAGCAUCCCCCUUUACAAGACGUCUGACUUAAUUAAACUGGAAGAGAAAAACAAUGAAAACUACCUCCUAGGGGAGCUCGGAGAAACUCUCAACAUGAGACUACAGAUAGAGCUCUCAUAAGGACAAUCAGACUGAGACCACACUUUAUAUUGCGUCCAUCCCUUUAUUUAUCCACCUGAGCAUGUCUUUUUGAAAGCUUUAUGGGAUCAGUGACUAUACUUAAAGAAACAUGUAGGUUUCCUGCACAAUCUUCCUGCAGGACAGAUAACACAGACAUUGCUGAGGCCGACACUGUAAUUAAGUAUCAGCCAAGAUUGUUGUAUUCUAUGUGAAUCUUUAAAUCGAUUAAAAUCCACAGAGCUUCAAUGUUGAGAAAAUAACAUUCCAUUCUUUAUGGAGAUUGUAAUCCAUGUAAAAAUGGUUUUGGUAUUAACCAUUUGACUGCCGGAGAUGGAUGCAACACCUUGUAAGGAAUAUGUUACAACCAUCUUUUCCAAUCAAGUGGUUAAUGACUGAACUGUACUUAGUUGCAUGCCCCCUCCUUGAAUUCUCUGAAUGCAAUGGAAAUUGUAUUUUGCUCUGGAAGCAGGUUUUCUGCCUAUACCAUACAUGUGAAUGUACACAAGUGUAUCAUUAGUUUUACCACUCAUAUUCUAGUCAAUAGUGAAUACAUAAUGCCAGUAAUUUAUGCAAAAUGAAUGCCAGUCCUUAUUUACAGCUCUUGGUGGUAUAUAGAAUUUGAAUUCUUGAUGAUUACACCUAAUAAAGCAGAAAGGCUUGUAACAACUAUGAAAUCAACUAGCAGCAUGCAGCACUAUAGGGUAUUUUGUUAUAAUCCCUUAAAAUAAUUGUAAAUGAUUAUUUAUUUGUUGCAAUAAUAUAUGGAGUACAUAGUGAAAUAUUUAAAUAAGGAGCAAGUGCUUUUUUUUGUAAUAUUUGAGCCAUUACAUUGUAUUCACUUUACGAACAAAACUAUGAACUACACUGGUUUUGUUAUUUUAGGGUGCUGUAAACCAUAUAUAUGCAACUCAAAAUGGCCGUUAUUUUAUUAAUGAAUUAAUUUGAAGGAAGAAAAAAACAAGUUUUGAUAUUUUUAAAAAGCUAUGCAAUUAUUUAACGUCAGUGAUGGAGUUAAAUCAGACACUGGUGAUUAUUUUUUUUCUCGUUUUGAGUAGUUUUGUUGUAGAUAUCGAGCAUGAGAAAAUACCAUGACUGCUUUACAAAUUCUUGCAUUGCAAUUAAAGAUGUACUGUAGAUCUUCUCCCACGUCUUAUGUGAUGAACAAUCUGGUGCUUAACGUUUCUUUUUACUGUAGGCAGCUCACUUGUUUGAAGGUAAUAAUCAAUGCAUCUUACUUUGCCGGUGGAUCAGUAAAUGAUGCAUUGUUUAUGAGCUGCUAUUUAAAGGGACAUAAUACUCAUAUGCAGCAUAAUUGUAAAAAGUUGACGAGAAAAUAUAACCUGAAUAUGUCUAUGUAAAAAAGGAAGACAUUUUACUUCAAAAUUUCUUCAGCUCACCAGAGUAAGUGCUCUGUGAACAGUUAUACUCCAGCUACUGUAGCUGCAUGCUGUAAAAAAACAGCCAAUCAGCUUCAUUUGUGCUGAUGUCACACUACUGUGAUCUCAUUAGAUUUCACUUAAAUCUCAUGAGACUUCAUAUUAAACUUUCUCAAACUGAGUAGGGAAAUAACAUGACUGUGCCUGCACAUGCGCGAUUCUCACUCCCUUGCAAGUUCUGAGACUAGUAUACUGGUUGUCUGUCUAAAGUGCCUUUUUCUCUGAGAUGUGGCUAUUGAGCACAUUAAAUAUCUUCCUUUUUUACAUAGAGAUUUCAGGUGAUAUUUUCCAGUCAGCUUUUUUACAGCUAUGCUGCAUCAUUUUCAAGUGCUUCAAUAUUUGGGUAUCGUCCCUUUAAGCAAGUCAUUCUGUGCAGGUCAGGAAAUGAUGUAUGUAUAAAAAUGUUUUCACUAUUAGUUUAGUUAUAUACAAUAUGCCUCAGCUUAUAAUUAUUUAAAAGAUUUUCCACAUUUUAUUGCAGUUAAAUAUGUAGUUUUUGUAUUAAGUACUGUCCCUUUUAAUAAAGAAGGGUAUACCAAUAUUACACUUUGGACAACUGGUGCGCAUAACUAGGUAUGAGAAAAGAAUUGAGCCUUGUGUGAUACAAAUGGAAUCUUCAUGAAAUACGUGUAGACCAAAGAUUAUAAAAGACUAAGAACAGUAUUUUAUGUUUAUUUUGUUUGGAAAACAAAAAAAUCUUUUACAAAUGUUAAUGGUAAAAAAUUAGCUUUUUUAGUACAAUGUCUAUGUGGUUGGCAUCAGUUUUCAUGCAAUAAAGCUUAUUCUGGGGGUACAA